CAAUACAAUAUACACACGGGGUUUUCAUAGUUGCAUGUGCCUCGUCAUACGUUUUCGUUUCUCUUUUCACUUCGGGCCUCGCCUACCGGUGCCGGGUCUCCUGUUCUUACGACUAGCCGCUGCAUCAACAACCCACCAGAGUUGAUCUGGGUUGUUGAAUCCAUAGAGCGAAUUUUUAUAGAGAGAUUCUAUUGAAUUGGAGUAGGAAAGUUUGGUUUCUGAGAAUCUGGUUGAUCAAUGGCAGCUCUUGUGCCUCCAGGGGCACCUCGGCCCAAUGAAAGCAACAGCAAUCGAGCUCCAUCACCACCGCCUAAUUACCACCCCAAUUCUCAGACAAGUCCCGGUUCCUUAGCUGAUAAUUUUAAUAAUAUGAAUCUCAAUCGACCUCCUUCAAUGCCCAAUUCAUUUCCCAGACCUCCAUUUGGUCAAUCGCCUCCUUUUCCUUCGUCAGCACCCCCACCAACUGGGAUUUCUGGUGCGCCACCUCAAUUUUCACGGCCAGGUCCACCCCCAGCUUCAAUUACUCGUCCUAAUGUACCUUCAUCAGGGCCUCCACCAUCUGCAUUUCCUCCAAACAUGGCUCCAAUGAGACCCAGUGGACCGCCUGUUGGACAGCCGUCUCCAUUAGUAUCUAGGCCACCUCCACCAGGUGUUGGAGGUCCUGGCCAACCUGCUUUUAGGCCACCUUCUAGCACUGUUCCUUCCCCAGGUUUGUCCAGUAGUUCAGUUGCGCCUCCCCUUGGUGCUCCUCCACUUGGUGCACGUCCAAAUGCAGCAUUUCCUCCUUCUGUCAGUAGCCCAAGCAUGCCUCCACCAAAUGCUCAGAGUGGUACGUUGAGUAAUGGCCCUCCAGCAUUUGUGCAGAACAACUUCCCCAGUGGGCCACGUUUUCCUCCAGCAGUCAAUACACCACAAGGUCCUCCGCCAUUCGUUGGUCCACCGCCAAUGACAGCAUCUGUCCGGGCUCCAUUUAUGCAUUCUGUUCCAGGUGGCCCUGAAUUUUCUGCUCCUCCAGGUCUUCCCGGGCAACCAGCAUCACCAUUUCAGCCGGCAUCUCAAGGGGUAUCCCAGUCUUCAGGUUCCCCAUUUGUACCACCAACAUGGCCAAUGCAACCUGGUCAGGCGACAGCUCCUCCACCUAUUUCUGGUCAACUGCAGCCGCCUAGAAUGUUCGGGAUGCCGCCACCUCCACCUAACCAAUCAAUGACUACCAUCUCACCUGCUAUUGGUCAAACCGGAUCUCCUGCAGCCACACAAUCAAAAAUUGAUCCAAAUCAAAUACCAAGGCCUGUUCCAAACCCAUCAGUCAUCUUGUUUGACACUCGUCAAGGCAACCAGGCCAAUCUGCCCCCGCCUGCAUCAAGUGAGUACAUUGUGAGAGACACUGGGAAUUGUAGUCCACGUUUUAUGAGGUGCACCAUUGGUCAGAUCCCGUGCACUGCCGAUCUUUUGAAUACAUCAGCCAUGCAGUUGGCUUUGCUAGUCCAACCAUUUGCUCUUCUACAUCCUUCUGAGGAGCCCAUCCAAGUUGUGGAUUUUGGGGAAAGUGGACCCGUCCGAUGUUCUCGCUGCAAAGGCUAUAUAAAUCCUUUUAUGAAGUUCAUUGAUCAGGGACGGCGAUUCAUCUGUAACUUGUGUGGUUUUACUGAUGAGACUCCUCGUGAAUACCACUGUAAUCUUGGUCCUGAUGGUAGAAGAAGAGAUGCUGAUGAAAGGCCUGAACUUUGUAGGGGAACAGUAGAAUUUGUUGCUUCUAAGGAAUACAUGGUGCGUGAUCCAAUGCCAGCUGUUUAUUUUUUCCUCAUCGAUGUAUCCAUGAAUGCUAUACAAACUGGUGCCACUGCUGCAGCGUGCAGUGCAAUUAGUCAAGUUAUUUCUGAUCUUCCAGAAGGUCCUCGUACAUUUGUCGGGAUUGCUACAUUUGACACAACAAUUCACUUUUACAACCUGAAACGUGCAUUACAACAGCCUUUGAUGCUCAUAGUCCCUGAUGUACAAGAUGUUUAUACUCCUCUGGAGUCUGAUGUCAUCGUUCAACUUUCGGAGUGCCGCCAACAUUUGGAGUUGUUGCUCGACAGUAUUCCAACAAUGUUUCAGAGUAACAGAACCACCGAGUCAGCCUUUGGUGCUGCGAUCAAAGCAGCUUUCAUGGCCAUGAAAAAUACUGGAGGCAAAAUUUUGGUAUUCCAGUCAGUCUUGCCAUCGAUUGGUAUUGGAGCUCUUUCUGCCAGGGAGGCUGAAGGAAGAACAAACAUUUCUUCUGGGGACAAGGAGGCUCAUAAAUUACUACAACCAGCUGACAUGUCUUACAAGACAAUGGCAAUUGAACUGGCCGAGUAUCAGGUCUGUGUUGAUGUGUUCCUCACUACCCAGAAUUAUGUCGAUCUUGCUUCUAUUUCUGUCAUUGCAAGGACUACUGGGGGCCAGGUAUAUUAUUACUACCCCUUCUCAGUUCUUUCUGAUCCAGCCAAGCUCUAUAAUGAUCUUAGAUGGAAUAUCACAAGGCCUCAAGGUUUUGAGGCUGUGAUGCGUGUUAGAUGCAGCCAGGGAAUUCAAGUACAAGAGUACCAUGGAAAUUUUUGCAAACGCAUCCCUACAGAUGUUGACUUACCUGGAAUUGACUGUGACAAGACUAUAAUGGUAGCUUUAAAACAUGAUGACAAGUUACAGGACGGCUCAGAAUGUGCUUUCCAGUGUGCGCUACUCUACACUACAGUAUUUGGUCAGAGGAGAAUUCGUGUCUCCACUCUGUCUCUACCUUGCACCAGUAUGCUGAAUAACCUCUUCCGAUCAGCUGACUUGGACACUCAGUUCGCAUGUUUUCUGAAGCAAGCGGCAAAUGAAGUUCCUUCAUCUCCACUCCUGCAAAUCCGAGAACGUGUUACAAAUCUGUGUGUCAACGUUUUGCUUUCAUACCGCAAGUAUUGUGCAACGGUGUCAUCCUCUGGACAGCUCAUCCUGCCAGAGGCUCUAAAGCUACUGCCACUUUAUACCAUUGCAUUAAUAAAAAGUACAGGUUUGAGAACUGAAGGGAGAAUUGAUGAUCGAUCUUUUUGGGUCAACCACGUUUCUUCUCUCCCAAUUCCUCUGGCUGUUCCCUUGGUAUAUCCUAGAAUGUUGGCUAUACAUAACCUUGACACAGAGGAUGGUGAUUCGACUCCAGGUACUCCAAUUCCUCUUUCCAGUGAGCACGUGAGUGAAGAGGGAAUUUAUCUCCUCGAGAAUGGUGAAGAUUGUUUAGUAUAUAUUGGGAACUUGGUUGAUAGAGACAUGUUGCAGCAGUUAUUUGGUAUUUCCUCAGUUGAUGAAAUUCCUGCCCAGUUUGUGCUGCAGCAAUAUGACAAUCCUCUAUCAAAGAAACUCAAUGAUUUGAUGAAUGAGAUACGACGUCAAAGAUGUUCCUACCUGCGCUUGAGGUUGUGCAAGAAAGGAGACCAGUCAGGGAUGCUAUUCUUUUCGAAUAUGAUAGAAGAUAAAAGUUCCAAUGGCCCUUCAUACAUCGAGUUUCUUGUUCACGUACACCGACAAAUUCAGAUAAAAAUGUCUUCUUCAUGAUCUUACACUUCAGUUAUGCAAGUUCCCUUCUUCCUCUGCUGCUGCAGUUCGUCGGCUUCAGAGGGACUCCUUAACAAGAAACCAGUUUCAUGCGAAAGUGGAAACAAAAUUCUCGAUUAUGAACGGCGUUAAUCAACAGUCACAUUUAUCUUUGAGAAGUUAGAUGAGUGAAUUUUGAUGGGUAAUUGUUGUUGGAUGUGUUUGAGGGUAGAUUUUGUCAGUGAACCCAACCAGGAUAGUUUCUUGAUAAAUUUAUUGUUAUAUUCACAGUAUUCUUUUUUCCUUUUUGACCCAAAAUACCCUGUUACUUCUCUCUCAACAUACUGCUUGGAGACAGGAUAUAUAUAAUAUAUGAUAGAUUUAAUGACUC